UCUACAGGGUUCGAGUAGAAGAGGAACUUGGACAGCAAGGAGCAGAUUAUCCAAGCUUCAUUCUUCCAUUCUUUUCAGAUCAAGAAAUCAAGGGUUCGAGUAGAAGAGGAACUUGGACAGCAAGGAGCAGAUUAUCCAAGCUUCAUUCUUCCAUUCUUUUCAGAUCAAGAAAUCAAGAAGCUGCUGCUGCCAAGGAACUUGACUUCUUCGAGGCUUUCAAAAUCUGGUGCAAAGUGUAUGGAAAAGAAUACGCUGACGAGAAGGAGAAACAAUCGAGGUUCCAAAUUUUCAAGAGGUCUCUUGAGACCGAGACCCCCUUCAUCCCAGGUGCUCUGACUUUUCCGAGUUUGGCUGAUCAAACCGAAAAAGAAUUUCAGGAGUUUUGUGAAAAACAUGACCUGCAGAAAUAUGAUCAGCCGAUGAAUAAUAGUAUAUCCAUCAAACACAUCAUAUAUCUCAGAAACAAGUAUCUAAUCUCAGAAGUUGAGAAUGAGAAGGAAGAUUUAGUAGGAGAAGAAGACAACACUCCCGUUCCAAUGUCACUAGGUUCCGAAGCUGCUGCUGCCAAGGAACUUGACUCCUUCGAGGCUUUCAAAAUCUGGUGCAAAGUGUAUGGAAAAGAAUACGCUGACGAGAAGGAGAAACAAUCGAGGUUCCAAAUUUUCAAGAGGUCUCUUGAGACCGAGACCCCCUUCAUCCCAGGUGCUCUGAUUUUUCCAAGUUUGGCUGAUCAAACCGAAAAAGAAUUUCAGGAGUUUUGUGAAAAACAUGACCUGCAGAAAUAUGACCAGCCGAUGAAUAAUAGUAUAUCCAUCAAACAAAUCAUAUACCUCAGAAACCAGUAUCUAAUCUCAGAAGUUGAGAAUGAGAAGGAAGAUUUAGUAGGAGAAGAAGACAACACUCCCGUUCCAAUGUCACUAGGUUCCGAAGCUGCUGCUGCCAAGGAACUUGACUUCUUCGAGGCUUUCAAAAUCUGGUGUAAAGUGUAUGGAAAAGAAUACGCUGACGAGAAGGAGAAACAAUCGAGGUUCCAAAUUUUCAAGAGGUCUCUUGAGACCGAGACCCCCUUCAUCCCAGGUGCUCUGACUUUUCCGAGUUUGGCUGAUCAAACCGAAAAAGAAUUUCAGGAGUUUUGUGAAAAACAUGACCUGCAGAAAUAUGACCAGCCGAUGAAUAAUAGUAUAUCCAUCAAACACAUCAUAUAUCUCAGAAAUAAGUAUCUAAUCUCAGAAGUUGAGAAUGAGAAGGAAGAUUUAGUAGGAGAAGAAGACAACACUCCAGUUCCAAUGUCACUAGGUUCCGAAGCUGCUGCUGCCAAGGAACUUGACUUCUUCGAGGCUUUCAAAAUCUGGUGCAAAGUGUAUGGAAAAGAAUACGCUGACGAGAAGGAGAAACAAUCGAGGUUCCAAAUUUUCAAGAGGUCUCUUGAGACCGAGACCCCCUUCAUCCCAGGUGCUCUGACUUUUCCGAGUUUGGCUGAUCAAACCGAAAAAGAAUUUCAGGAGUUUUGUGAAAAACAUGACCUGCAGAAAUAUGACCAGCCGAUGAAUAAUAGUAUAUCCAUCAAACACAUCAUAUAUCUCAGAAACAAGUAUCUAAUCUCAGAAUACAACACUCCCUUUGCAACCCAUCUCUAUUGAUCCUGAAGUUCAAUUCGUUGAAGAAAGCUCUUUUGAGGACCACCCGCAAGUCGUGCUAGGAGUUUUUCGGGUUUGGCUGAUCGAACUGGAAAAGAAUUUAAUGAGUUUAGAGAAUUUCAUGCGUGUUGAGAUUAUGUCUAAGUAGCUGUUUGAAUUUCAAUUUUAAGUUGUAAGUUUGACCCUUUUUAAUUAAGGUUGAAUAAGUCCUUUUAAUGUGAA